GCUGCUGCGCUUCUGCCCGGCGCCGGUUCCGUCCUAAAAUGGCGAAACUGCUGAGUUGCAUACUGGGCCCUCGAUUGUACCGGGUCUAUCGGGAGCAAGGUCCUGCGAGAACCCGUCGCAUCAGGGCUGGAGGAGAUGACACCUCCCAAGCCCCCCUGGAGCCUUCUUGGGAAUCAUAUUACCAACCACGGAGCCUUGAAAAACAUGCCGAUAGUGUUCUUGCUCUGGCUUCCGUACUGUGGUCCAUUUCCUAUUAUUCCUCCCCACUUGCUGUGUUUUACCUGUACAGAAAAGGCUAUUUAACGAUGUCCAAGGUUGUUGCUUUCUCUCACUAUGCGGGGACCAUGCUGCUCUUGUUGGCUGGGAUUGCCUGCCUCCGAGGUAUCGGUCGCUGGACAAACCCUCAGUACAUCCAGUUCAUCACCAUCCUUGAGGACGCACACCGGUAUGGCACGUCUGAGCACAAGAAGAAACUUGCCAGCUACAACUUUGACUUCCGGAGUUGGCCUGUGGACUUUCGGUGGGACGAGGCAACAAGCCGGUCAGAUUCACGAAACGUUCCCCUGUUGCGGCCGGAACCAAAGCACCGAAGCACUGUCAAUGGCUUCCUGCAUGCUGUCAAGAAGAUGCCCUGCCAGAUUGCCAGCUAUAUAGUGGCGCACACUUUUGGGCGGCGCAUGCUAUACCCAGGCUCCAUGUACCUGCUGCAAAAGGCCCUUAUGCCUGUUUUGCUUCAAGGACAAGCCCGACUGGUGGAGGAGUGCAAUGGGAAACGAGCAAAGCUGGCCACGUGUGAUGGAAAUGAAAUCGACACCAUGUUCAUGGACCGGAGAGAGACAUCAGAGCCACAAGGCCAGAAACUGGUGAUUUGCUGUGAAGGAAAUGCAGGCUUCUAUGAAAUUGGCUGCCUUUCCACUCCCCUAGAUGCUGGAUAUUCAGUGCUGGGAUGGAAUCACCCUGGAUUUGCAGGCAGCACAGGAGUGCCGCUGCCACAGAACGAGGCCAAUGCCAUGGACGUGGUGAUGCAGUACGCCAUCCACCGCUUGGGCUUCCUUCCCGAGGACAUCCUCCUCUAUGCCUGGUCCAUUGGGGGCUUUACAGCCACUUGGGCCGCCAUGUCAUACCCAGAUAUCAGCGGCCUUAUUCUGGACGCGUCCUUCGAUGACCUCGUUCCUCUUGCCCUCAAGGUCAUGCCGGAAAGCUGGAGGGGCCUGGUCACCCGGACAGUGCGGCAACAUCUGAACCUGAACAAUGGGGAGCAGCUUUGCUGGUAUCAGGGGCCCGUGUUGCUGGUGCGCAGAACCAAGGAUGAGAUCAUCACCACAACAGUUCCUGAUGAUAUAAUGUCCAAUAGAGGGAAUAAUUUGCUUUUGAAGUUACUGACACAUAGGUAUCCCAAAGUCAUGGCUGAAGAGGGCGUGAGAGUUGUUCGGGAGUGGCUGGGAGCCUCCACGCCCAUGGAGGAAGCCUCCAUUUAUAGUAGCUACGAAGUAGAAGACGACUGGUGUCUGUCUGUGCUGAAAUCGUACAAGGCCGAAGACGGAGGCGAAUUUCCCUGGAGUGUCGGUGAAGACAUGACGCCCGAAGGGAGGCGGCAGCUUGCCCUGUUCCUCGCCCGGAAGCACCUGCAAAACUUUGAAGCAACGCACUGCACUCCACUCCCUUCCCAAGAAUUUAACCUCCCAUGGAGCUUAUAGCACCCCCUUCCCCAGCAGAACCCGUGGCUUUUACUGUCUUGGUGUCUUUCCCACUCACCUGCAUUGUGCAUUUGCUGUGUGUGUGCUUGUGUGUCGGCCCAUCACUGCUACCCUCUCCAUGGCACACUGUAAAUCUACAUCCUCUCCCCUGUUAAUAUUUAUCCUCUAACCCCACAAGUCCCCCACUUAGUCGUUGGGGCUCACAAUAAAGAUGGUAUUUUUUAUACUUA